UUUUCUGCUUCUUUCUCUCUCCCUUCCUCCUCUAUUCUGUUCCCCCCUUUCCACCUCCCUCCCUCCUCGCUAACCCCACCCACCGGCCACCGCCCGCCUCCAGCCUCGCCGGUCCUCGCCGCCCACCCCGCCGGAACCCUAGCUCCGGAGAGUGCCCCGGCCUCCCCAGCCGCCGAUUGGUUCCGGGGGCCCGGCGCCCCUCCGCACGAUCGCGCGAGAUCCGGGGUCGCCGCCGGCCGGGGAGCAGAAGCCAUAUGUCGGGGGUCGGCAGCGGCAGGCCGCCGGCCGCCCAGAAGAUCCUGCAGUCGCUGCGACCGCCGCUGUCCUUCGCCACGCCGUCGCGGUCGCCCUUCGCCGCGCCCGACGACUACCACCGCUUUCCGACACCGGCUGCGGCCACGGCACCCGCCGCCACCUCAGGCGGCGUCGGUGCGGGGGCUCCUCCUCGUGAUACUAUCGAGGAGGGGCUGUUCAUACGGACUCCGCUGAAAAGGAAAGCUACAUCUGAAGAAAAUGAUGCUGCUGCUGAGCCAAGCGAUUGUAUCAUUACCAGUCCAAUGCCCACUUCGGUCUCUGGUAAAACUGUUAAAGCUUCUAAGGCAAAAGCUAAGAACAGUAAAACUGGGCCUCAGACACCUACAUCAAAUGUUGGUUCACCACUCAAUCCACCAACUCCUGUUGGCACGUGCCGCUAUGACAGUUCACUAGGACUUCUGACAAAAAAGUUCAUUAACUUGCUCAAGCAAGCGCCAGAUGGCAUUCUAGAUUUGAACAAUGCUGCAGAAACACUAGAGGUUCAAAAGCGACGCAUAUAUGACAUUACUAAUGUCCUUGAAGGCAUUGGACUAAUAGAGAAGACACUUAAGAAUAGAAUCCGUUGGAAGGCCCUGGAUGAUUCAAGUGUUCAAUUAGAUAAUGGUAUUUCCGCUUUGCAGGCAGAAGUUGAAAAUCUUAGUCUGCAGGAGCAAGCACUAGAUGAGCGUAUAAGUGACAUGCGUGAAAAACUAAGGGGGUUAACUGAAGAUGAAAAUAAUAAAAGGUGGCUCUAUGUGACUGAAGACGACAUCAAGGGAUUACCCAGCUUUCAGAAUGAAACACUAAUUGCUAUUAAAGCACCUCAUGGUACUACACUUGAAGUACCUGAUCCAGAUGAGGCGGGUGAUUAUCUCCAAAGGAGAUAUAGAAUUGUAUUAAGAAGUACGAUGGGACCAAUAGAUGUUUACUUAGUUAGUCAAUUUGAUGAGAAAUUUGAGGAACUGGGUGGUGUUGCGACACCCGUCAAGCAUUCCAGUGUGCCCAGACAUCAACCCGCGGAAGAUUUCAAUACUUAUGCUGGACAAAGUAGCACACCAAUGGACGUGGCACAUGAUGUACAGCAUGGCCAGAAGAUUCCCCAGGAUCCUAGUGCUUUGCAUGACUUUGGAGGGAUGACAAGGAUUAGUCCUUCCGACGUCCAUACGGAUUCUGAUUACUGGCUCCUAACAGAGGGGGAUGUUAGCAUGACUGAUAUGUGGAAAACAGGACAAGAAGUGCAGUGGGACCAGAUGGAUUUCCUGUCAGAAGAUGUUGUCACCCCUCGAGCCCAUAAUCAGCAGCCGGUCACAGUUGACGGGCCACAUAUGGAGGUUCCAAGCAUGGACCCAUAAGACAUUAAUGGCUCAACAAAACUGACAUCUGGAGCGGUGAGUUCUCGUGUGACAGCAAAUGUUUAUUGCAACAGAAGGGCCAGACGGUUUCAUGAGCGUAUGUCAUCUGGAGUGUAGUCAGGGCAGAGCAGUCCACAACUUCAGAUUGGUGCACGCCCGGCACCUCUGUUGUGAAGACUGACGAGCUCAACUGACUAAGUUAACAGUCUACUGCCUGAUUAGUAAGCGCAGCACUUUAGCUUAGCAGACACUGAAGCGCCAGUUUCUUCGUGACUGGUGCUGUGCACUUGCUCUCAUAUUCACCACCGCUCCAUUCGCUUACCAAGCUAACAUUAUCAUACCAGAUCAGUGGACCUCCACUGAAAAAUGCUGCAAAAUGUAUAAAACAUCAGGACAAAACAGUGCACAGUGCAAGGGGUGUUGGCGUUACAGGAUGAGCUAUCGAUUGAAGGCAGGAAAUUCUUUGUACAAUUGUUUGAUGCCCCAAAACAGAACAAAGCAGAGCUGUUCGCUUGUAAACAAAUGUUUCUAUGCAUGUAUUUAAGAGGAGACUCCAUUUUUUUACAUCAAUUUGAUCCAUACAGUCAAACGU